CAUAAGGUGUUGCAUGUUUACAAGCGCUCCAAACCCAGUCAACCCCGUGUGCCCUCGUUCAGUGUGGUUCGAGAGUGACUAGUGACUGCUCUAUGUGGAUGCCAGUGUGCAAUUGGUGACGGUUUAGAGCAUAAACAUGCUGCAACAGUGGCUGCUGUACAUCUGUGGCGGAUUGGCGCUGGCCGUCUUUGUGGGGUUACGGUGGAAAAGACGCAAAUUUUACGCUGCAGCUGCAACCAUGGAUGGUCCGUCGUCGUUGCCGUUCCUCGGCCACAUACAUCACAUAUUCGGAAAGCGUAGUGGAGAAAACAUCCUGCAAGUGGUGGAUCGUUAUGCACCGAAAUAUAAAUCGCCGAUUGGGUUGUGGAUGGGACCUAUACUGUUGGUUGGCAUCAAGGAUAAUCCAGAGUAUUUCCAAACCGUACUGAAUUCGCCUCACUUGCUGAACAAAAUGGACCAGUAUAAGUUUUUCACAAUCGUGAAUGGGUUGUUUGCCGCCCCAGAUCACGCUUGGAAACAGGAGCGAAAGUUGCUGAAUCGAUCCUUCAGCCCAUCUAUGUUGUCGAGUUUCGUGGAGAUUUUCAAUGCAAAGGAUUUCAUCAUGGUGGACAAGCUGCGGAAAUUUGUUGGCAAAGGCGAAGUGGAUCUGCAUCUUCAUAUUGCCAAAUGCACAAUUGACUCCAUUUUCGGAACCUCGUUCGGAAUGGAUAUGAACACCCAAGGGCACGACGAAGCCGACGAGUAUCUGCACAGUUUGGACACGUUCUUCUCACUCGUCUUUAAACGCAUGCUCUCGAUUGAACGCUACCCACAGUUCCUGUACCGUCUCACAAAGGACUACAAAACGGAGACUAAAUGCAUCAACACGAUUCGCAACAUGUCCAAUGAUCUGAUGCGCCAGCUGAAGGAACAUUCGAAGUCAGUGAAAACAUUGUCCACGGAGGAUACAUUGGAGAGAAAACCACCGCAAAACUUUGUCGAUAAUCUGUACGAUCUGGCCGAAAGCAAUCCGAGUCUCACGGAAGAGCACAUCAAAGAUCACAUCGAUACCAUGAUAGUCGCUGGUCACGAUACCACCGCCACUACGAUGUCGAACCUGUUGCUCAUGCUCGCGAUGUACCCGGAGGUGCAGGAAAUGGUGUAUCAAGAGGUGAUGAACACGUGUCCGGAUAAAACAAAGCCCGUGUCCAUCGAGGAUGCCAACAAUCUCGUCUACACCGAGAUGGUUUGCAAGGAAACGAUGCGGCUAUUCCCGGUCGGUCCGCUCUUAGGAAGGGAGUGUACGGCAGAUGUGAAACUAGACGAUAAACACACCAUUCCGGCCGGUUGUAGUGUUGUGAUUGCCAUUUAUCUGCUGCACCGAGAUCCUAACAUAUGGGGACCGAAGCCGGAGGAGUUCAAUCCGGACAAUUUCCUUCCCGAUAAGGUUGCCUCUCGUCAUCCUUAUGCUUACCUGCCAUUCAGCGGAGGACCACGGAACUGCAUUGGCAUCCGAUAUGCCUGGUUAUCGAUGAAAAUUCUCAUCGCCCAUCUUGUGAGGAACUAUCGCUUCAGGACGUCUUUGAAGAUGGAGGACUUGGAAGUGAAUUUUUCAAUAAUCUUACGAAUAAUGAAUGGCUGCCUCGUGUCGAUUGAGGCAAGAUGAGGGGGCUUAAUUGGUCGAUUCAAUUCGUUCAACUCCAUCUCUGGCAUCUGUCUUUGUACAUAAAGUUUCACUAUCUAUCCGGUGCACCUGCGUACUGUCUCUACGUUCCUAUAAUUUCCUUAAGCAGCUAAAGAGCUUAACUAUCUUAUUCUUUUCAGAGGAAUGUUUGCCGUGAGUUAAAGGUAUUGGGUGUAAGUAUUUGGCCCGGUAAAUGAGACUAAUCAAAGUAUUAAGGGGUGCUGUUGCAGCCGGUUUAAAGCAUUGCAUGUAUAAUUGUAUAUGCUUUAAAAUUGUCGGAUAUAUUGUUCGAAAUUCCCAUGCGAUCGUGAUAUUUAAUUGUAAUUAAAAUCUUUGCCAAUAAAUAUUUCCUAAAGUGGUAUUUCUGAAAGUAUGUCUGCAUU